AAUGUAGUUUCAUUUUAUUUUUUUGUUUACAACGUAUCAAAAAAACAUGAGCGCGGAAGUCCAACCUUCCAUGGACUAUAACUUAGACGCUGAUUCAGAAUUACGGUUUGAAGUAGAGGAUAAAAAUGCGAAGGUUUACGUUACGUUAAUUUCAGGUUUUGCUGAAAUGUUUGGCACUGAGCUGAUAAAAAAAAAGAAAUACGAAUUUGUGAUGGGCGCUAAGGUGGCAAUCUUUACAUAUCACGGUUGUGUUUUACAUUUAGCUGGAAAAACUGAAGUCAGUUAUAUAUCCAAAGAAACUCCCAUGAUACAGUAUCUUAACUGCCACGCUGCUUUGGAACAAAUGCGCGUGGUUGCUGAGGAGAAAGAUGAGCGAGGGCCAGUCGUAAUGGUAGCUGGACCUAUGGAUGUUGGUAAGAGUACAUUAUGUCGCAUACUUUUAAAUUAUGCGGUGCGCCUGGGGAGAAGGCCUUUGUAUGCUGAUACCGAUGUAGGACAAGGUUCAUUAUCCAUACCAGGCACCAUCGGCACAAUAUUGGUUGAACGACCGGCUAGUAUAGAAGAAGGUGUUUCACAAACCGCUCCUUUAAUUUAUCAUUUCGGACACAAAACCCCAAGUGGCAAUAGUGUUUUAUACAAAGCUGUAAUCAGCAAAAUGGCUGAGGUUAUUUUAGAAUCUAUGAAUGACAAUAAGAGAACAAAACAUUCAGGUAUCAUCAUAAAUACCUGUGGGUGGGUAAAAGCGGGCGGCUACGAUAAUUUGGUCCAUACAGCACAAGCUUUCGAAGUGGAUGCAAUUUUUGUGUUGGAUCAGGAGCGUUUGUACAAUGAAUUAUUAAGAGAUAUGCCUUCAUGCGUGAAAAUCGUCCUUUUGCCUAAAAGUGGGGGCGUUGUGGAACGUAGCAAAGAUUUAAGAGCCGAAUAUAGAGACUUACGGAUAAAAGAGUACUUUUACGGUCAUAACACGCCACUGUACCCUUUUUCAUUUGAAGUCAAAUUUGUGGAUUUAAAACUUUAUAAGAUUGGAGCACCGCCACUGCCCGACUCAUGUAUGCCAUUAGGAAUGAAGGCUGAAGACAACAAAACUAAAUUGGUGGCAGUCACACCAAAUCUUGGUCUCACCCAUCAUAUACUAGCUGUAAGCUUCGCUGAAUUUACGGAAGAAGACGUCAUAGGAACAAACGUGCUUGGUUUUGUGUGCGUUACUCAUGUGGACAUGGAGCGGCAGUCUGUCAUGAUUUUAUCGCCUCAACCUCGCCCCCUGCCGAAUACGUUGUUGUUGUAUUCAGAGCUACAGUUUAUGGAUAGUCAUGCUUGACUUAAAAAAAAGUUAUUUGCGGGCAAACAACUGUGCACGAUGAAAUUUAGAAAAUAAAAGACAUAGUUUGUUAACACAUAUAAAGUCGUAUUAAAAUCAGUAUCAACUACCUCGAUGGAAAAAGCCGGAAAGCAAAACCUUUCUUUGAUGUCUUUGCGAUUCUUUUUUUUUUUUUAUUAUUUAACAUGUCAUU